UCAGCCCUGAGCGGUGCCAGAGGAAGCGCACCUUGCAGUGGCAGGCCCUGUAGACCGCUGCAUGGGGGAGAGCUGCUGCGGAGCCGUUUUUUCAGGCCCUGGGCUCCUGAGCGACCCCGCACUCCCUGCUUCCUUUAGGUCUCUCCUUAGGGUCUCGCUUCUGCGGAAAGACUAGCGAUCCCGCCCCUUUUGCCCGGUACUGACUCGCUCCCACCCCAGCCCUGUCCCCUUUUCCAGCUGUCCACUGCGGUCCCCAAGAGCACCGCAGCCAUGAGCAUCCGAGGCAUGCUGCGAGCCGCCGUGCUCCUGCUGCUCAUUAGGACUUGGCUGGCAGAGAGUAACGGCCCCAGUCCCACCCCGAAAUUCCACUUCGAGCUCUCCUCCAGCACACCUGAAGUCAUCCUGGAUCUCUUCAACUGGAAAUGUGUCUUUGAGCUGGAAAACAUGAGCUCCGUUCAGGGGCACACUAACCAAUGGGAGCUGACUUCUGGGAACAAUGAGGUCCUACUGGCAAGAUUGCCAGCAAUCAAUGUUUAUGUGAUUGUAUCUUCCUGUAUUGUAGGAGCUCCUGUGCCUGUGUCAGUGUCUAUCUAUGUCUCCAGUAUUGAACAAAUCUCAGAAAUAAAUAUGGACUAUACAAUCACAAUGUUUUUGCAUCAGACCUGGAAGGAUACACGCUUAGCUUACUAUGAAACCAACCUGAACCUGACUCUGGACUAUCGGAUGCAUGAGAAGCUCUGGGUUCCUGACUGCUACUUUGUGAAUAGCAAAGAUGCCUUUGUGCAUGAUGUAACUGUGGAGAAUUGUGUAUUUCAGCUUCACCCAGAUGGGACAGUGCGAUACGGCAUCCGACUUACCACAACGGCAGCCUGCUCCCUGGAUCUGCAAAAAUUCCCUAUGGACAAACAAUCCUGCAAGCUGGAGGUGGAGAGCUAUGGCUACACUGUUGAAGACAUUGCGUUAUCCUGGGAAGAUGAUAAUGCCAUCCACAUUACUGAUGAGUUGCAUAUCCCUCAGUACACCUACCUGGGGAGGACAAUUACCAGCAAGGAGGUGUACUUCUAUACAGGCUCCUACAUGCGCCUGAUAGUGAAGUUCCAAGUUCAGAGGGAAGUCCGCAGUUACCUUGUACAGGUCUAUUGGCCCACAGUCCUCACCACCAUUCUCUCCUGGAUAUCCUUUUGGAUGAACUAUGAUUCCUCUGCAGCCAGGGUAACUAUUGGGCUAACUUCGAUCCUUGUCCUGACUACCAUCGACUCACACAUGAGGGAUAAACUCCCUCAUAUUUCCUGUAUCAAAGCUAUUGAUAUCUACAUCCUUGUGUGCCUGUUCUUCGUUUUCCUGUCCCUGCUGGAGUAUGUCUACAUCAACUACCUUUUCUUCAGACAAGUACCUCGGCAUAAUCACAGGAGAUGCAGGAAACCCAGAAGAGUUGUUGCCCGAUACCGCUACCAAGAAAUGGUGGUAGCAAAUGUUCAGGAUGGCCUGAUUAAUGUGGAAGACAGAGUAGAAGACAGAGCUGGUCCCCUUCCUGACAGCCCCAUGCAAGCUCAUCUGGCAAGCCAGGAAAUUCUAGGAUCCUUAGUGUUCCCAUCAGAACAGGCCCAGCUGGCUACCUCGGAAAGCCUUGGCCCUCUCUCUUCUGCCUCAAGCCAGGCCCAAUUGGCCACUGGAGAAAGCCUGAGUGAUCUGCCCUCCACCUCUGAGCAAACACUGCCUGGUUGUACCAUUCACUUUCAUGGCUUUCUUACUAAUGACAGUAUUAUCCCCAUCAAAAUCCAUUCUGAUGCCCUUGAGGAUGAAGACUCUGAAGAAAACCUAAGCUCUGAGGAAGGCCAUGGCCAUGGAAGCAGCUACACUGGAAGGCUCAAGCUCCAGAUUAGCCAUAGGUGUGUGCAAGAAGCAAGUUGGGACCUUGAUAAAAUUGAGAGCUUAUGGGAUGACAUCAGUAUCACAAGCAGCUGGCUUGGCCUUGAUGAACAAUGCAAGGGAGAUGCUGACAGUAUCUGGAGCCUUACUGAUGAGGAGCUCAUGGCCUGUGACCAAGAGAAGGACAGUAGCUCAGAGUCUGAGGAGAAUUGCCCCCCAAGCCCUGGGUGCUCCUUCAAUGAAGGGUUCUCUUUUCAGUUCUUUAAGCCUAACCAGGUCCCUAAGGUUGAUAGAUGGUCCCGUUUCCUAUUCCCUCUUUCCUUUGGGCUGUUCAAUGUGGUUUACUGGUUAUACCACAUCUAUUAGUUUCUCAUACACCACAGCAGCAGAGAUACUAUGAUGUCUUUCCUUUGUGGUUUCUUCAGUUUUAUCUUUCCCUCUUCCCCUUUUUCAUUUUAUUUGGCAAAGGGUUUUUGUUUUUGUUUUUUAAGGGGGGGUGUUUUGUUUUGUUUUGUUUUGUUUUGUUGGCUUGGAAGAGGCAAUAAAUCCAUUGGGCACUUCUCUUUAUUAUAAGGUGGGGAGGAGGUGGAGAAAACAUGUAGCCAGAGGAAAAAAAUAGAGGAGGACUUGGAGAUAAAUUGCACAUUGAUUUCCUACUGCUAGAAAAUUCUCACCUUUCACUUUAAACAGUCCAUCAGCCUAGAAAUACCCUUGGAAGUAUUUAGAAGACAGAAAAGAGCCACACUGAGGAAUGAGGAUGAUCUGGUUCACAAACAUUCCUGAGACCUUUGGUUUUAGUCCCCUCAAAGUGUUGAGACUGCUCUUGCAUCACUUUUUUUCCUUCCACCUGGGUGCCAUGUACCUUGUCCACCUGUUAAAAAUGACUUUGGGAGAAGUCAAACCAAGUUGGCCUGGAGUAUGCUGAGGAGGGGCUAGGCAUAGCUUGGAUAUUCUGACAAAAGAAAGUUGAGAAUCAUUUGUAAGUGCCUUGUACUUUGAGUGUAGAGUCAUGAUACAGGAGUGGGAAAGGCAGGUGGGUAGGAGGGACUGCAAAAGAGAUAUAGCAGAGUAAGUGAGAAAGCAUGCUUCCAGCAGGGGUAUGUGAGACAGGGGAGUGAUGUCAGGUUGAAGUUUGUACAUGUUCAGCUAUUCCCUUUUUAAGUUACUAGACCUUCUCUUGCCCGGAUUUCCCCUUCAUAUUUCCUGACAGUAGGGACUCAGUACUUCUGUUCAUUUAUGAGUUAUGUUUCUAUCAUUGCUGGGUUAAUUACUAGUUACAAUAGACACACUUGGUGAGUAAGCACUAGUUGUGAAAGUUCAGAUUUACUAUUUCACCAUGAGCCCAUAAUAGCAUAUGAACAACUACAGUGAAUCUAUAUACUAAUCCUUUCUAUUUGUCUAGUGCAUAGUAAGUAUCAACGAGCUCCCUGACUCAUCACAUCGUUGGAUCCUCACAGGAACCCUGUGAGCCAGGGAAGACAAAGCACCUUUUCCCCAGUGUUCCAAGGAAAAUGUGGAGCUUGUGUGCCAUGCUUAAAGAUGCUUGUUCUUUCUCCUUAUCUGCCUAACUCUCAACUAACUGCCUCUUCCCUGUGCUCAAGCUGCCAAGCUCACUGGACAGCACCUGGAGCAUCUGUAUAUGAAGAGGCUACUGACUAGCCGCUGAACAUGAAGCCUACUCAGCAGGGCUCCUGAUAAAAGUAGGAUGAGCUUGCACACCAACUUUCCAGGAAGCACCAGCUCAUUGAUAGAGGUCAUGAGGGAGUUUUUCCAAGCACUCAACCUAUAUCCCCCCUUCCUCCAUAGGCAGCCUCUCCUUCAGCCCUAUACUCCUCUGUCCACCCACCUCCUUAAUUGUACUUCUAUGUUUAUAUGUUUCUGUGUAUCUCUAAGGAUGAGUGUGUAUGUAUCCAAGUAGGUCUGUGUGCUAACCAUAUAACCAUUUGAGAAUCUGUACUAAUGUCAAUCUACAUUAGUAUAUAUGAAUGCAUAUCUGUACUGUGUGGAUGAAUAGUAUGUAUGCAUCUCUAGAAGAGUGUCACUUGUGUAGUUAUAUUAACAGCUGAAUGAAUUCUGCAUUCAUUCAUAGAAUGUGCAUGUCUAUAUACCUGUGUUUGUCAAACUUAGUUGGUAUAAAAGGAUAUACAUCAAAAACCACAUGUAUUCCCUUUAGAAGGUUCUUGUAGAAACAGUAUAACUCUAGUGACCUAUUUUGACACAGUGGGUAAAGUCUUAUUUAGCUGGACUGAUUAACUGUUUCUUUUCAGUUCUUGAAAGCCAGGUGGACCGACUGGGAAAGUACAUUUGUAGCUAAUCCUUGAACAGAUUUGACUGCUUGAGUAGGCCCACAAGUCUGCCUUGUGUUUGGAGUUUGAACUUUAACUCGAUUCAGGGAAAGAGUUAGAGAAAUAAAAAUGGAAAGGAGCACCAGGUACUGAAUAGAUGGUCUCAGUUUUGUCUCUUCUCCAUGCAUAGGCACAAUUCUAGCCUUUUAAGCAUACAUACCCAGAUACACAUACCUACUUCAUUACACAUGCAUACAUACAUUUCAGAAGCACCCACACUCUGGGUUAAAUAUAUUUACAGGCAUGUCCAGACAUAUAUGCACACAAACAUGCACACACGCAUACUUUUCAAACAACUCACAACAAAGAAGUUCUACCAAAAUAUCUAAGAUUGUCUGUUUUGUUUUGGGAACCCAGCACAAAGAAGUCCAGAUUAAAGGGAAAGCAGAGAGUUCUCAUCUGGAAUCUGAGCAUUCAUUGGAUGUGUACUUGGAUUUGGAGACCUACAAUCUUGUAGUGUUGAACACAUCACUGGAGUAAAGUUACAAAGAAGGAUUAGAGUAGUGGGAACGAUGAUACAGCAGAGAAGAGGCAGAGAGGCCAGUUGUAAAUAUUCACAUAGCUAGAUAUAACAUACCCUAAAAAGAGUAUUUUGCCCUAAUGUGCUGCAAUGAGAACAGUUAAACUUUACUGCAAUUCAUACUAUGUGAAUUACAUGUCAAAGUACCAUGGAGAUCUGGCAAUGACAGCUCUUCAGAAACUUGAAUCUUCUGGUUUUUUGUGUGUUUUUUGGUUUGUUUGUUUUGUUGUGGUUGCUGUUGUUGUUGUUGUUGUUCAUGGCUAUGGUCUUUCUUACUUGAAAGUUGCCAAAUCUUCCCUGUCUUCUGUGUGUGGUCUGUUGUUCAUCUUUGUCAAGCCCUGUCUUCUGCUGCCCCCAGCCCCUUUCCAGCCAUACAGAGACACCAUCUCUAUCUGGCUGCCUAUGUCUUCUCCUGAACUUCCUCCAACACCAAGUAGUUGUAGAGGUGCAGAGUAUCUGAACAGUGCUCCUGUGGUUCAGCCAGUCCAACAGCUUGGAAAGAAGGAAGAGCCUUACUUAGUCUAGGAUGGAGCAACCCCACUUUACUACUCUAUUCUGUCUUGCCUUACCCUCUCCUCUCACCCUAGAAUUCCUGUCUGAGAAAGACAACAGCUUUCUGUCUUUCCAGUGCAUCAUUUUAUUGUAGAAAUAUGUGAUAUAUUUCCUGCCCAGUUUGAUUUGCACUGUGGGGUGUCUCUGCUGAGAGAACAAUUUGGUUCUCAAUGGAGUUUGUCCAAUGUAUUCUUACAAUUUGUAUCAUCCUCACUCAUAGCAAGGCUGCAAACUCUUAGCAUACUUAGAACCAAGUCUUGCUGAGAUUGUGACCAUUCCUAAUGAGAGUUCCUUACUCUGUAUAUACAGCAGCAAUGCUUUCAAGCUAUUAACUACUGAAGGCACUCACUAAGCACUCCAUCUGCAUGAUACCCUGUAGUAGUAAGCAGGAACUUUCUAACUAUUCCAACCCAGCAUCCAAAGUAAUUGUAACUUGUCCUACUGAAAGUGCAGUGUGUUUGUGUUUGCUGUAUGGUGUCCUGAGGUUAAUAUGAGUCUACAUUAUCAGGAUUGGGUCUUCAGGGAAGGGAAGGUAUGAUGUUAAAAUAUCUCUCUGAUAUUAUUCAAUAAUGAAAUAGGCCAGCUGGUCAGGGUCAUCUGUGUGGAACUCUGUAUCAGAAUUUCCACCCACUAUCAUGCUAGACUGUAUCCCUGAGAUCAGUAUUCAUUAACAAAGGUAAAGGUACCAGAAUUUGGCACAGUAAUAGAAGAUAACUUCAGAUAAUACCAAAGGAUCCUUUCAAUGGCAAUUAAGUCAGUAACAUUCUGGGAGCAUAUGAACUUAUAGUAAAGUCACAUACAUACAGAUCUUCAGUAGUGGUGUUGGGCCAAGACAGUAAAAAGUAAGAAAAGAGAAUGACCAACAGCCAGGUGACCUAGGUGACCUGAUCUGUAAGGGCCACAGUAGCAGAGCAUUACUAGGUAAGUGGGUGCCCACAUUGAGCUCAUUAAUUGACAUUCUUGUGAGAAAGAGACCUUGAACAGACCAGUCCAGACUUCAAGAAAGUGAAACAAGAAAAAGCAUAAAAUUAUGCUUCUGAAAAAUAUACUUUAAAAACAUGUAAAUAGCAAAAGGAAAAAUAAAGAUCUGUAGUAGCAAA